UCUGGUCUCCGCCAGUAUUGCUUGUCAACCACAAAACCAUUAACCAGUUAAAAUCAACCAAUGUCCACAACCAGAUAAGGCAAAGAUAAGGCCUAGACUCUCACACCCGUCAGAUGGGUUCACUCCCUAAUCCAACGGCCAAAAAUCGCCUCCUCAGAUAAUCCUCUCAACCCCACAAAAAUCUGUGAAAUACCUCUAUAACCCAACCAAAACACCAUGCCACACUCUCCACACUCACACCCUCCACAUUCCUCAGUGCACGUUAGCCCCACCACCGCCAUGGCCACCACCCCGGCAGCCGCAGCCACAUCCUCAUUCAUUGGAACACGCCUCCCAGAUGUACCCUCCAACUCGGCCCGAGUUCAAGCCCGAUUCGGAUUCGGCAAGAAAGCACCACCCAAAAAAAAGUCCUCAAGGCCGACCUCUGACCGUCCACUUUGGUACCCAGGAGCCAAAGCACCGGAGUGGCUCGACGGAAGUCUGGUCGGAGAUUAUGGGUUCGACCCAUUUGGGCUUGGCAAGCCAGCAGAGUACUUGCAGUACGAUUUGGACUCCUUGGACCAGAACUUGGCGAAGAACUUGGCGGGUGACAUCAUUGGAACCAGGUUUGAAGGUUCGGAGGUGAAGUCGACGCCGUUUCAGCCAUAUACGGAGGUCUUUGGGCUGCAGAGGUUCCGAGAGUGUGAGCUGAUUCAUGGGAGGUGGGCUAUGUUGGCUACUCUUGGUGCUUUGACUGUUGAGUGGCUCACUGGUGUCACAUGGCAGGACGCUGGAAAGGUUGAAUUGGUUGAUGGAUCAUCUUACCUUGGCCAACCACUGCCAUUCUCCAUUACAACAUUGAUAUGGAUCGAAGUGUUGGUCAUUGGCUAUAUUGAGUUCCAAAGGAAUGCAGAGCUUGACCCAGAGAAGAGACUGUACCCUGGUGGAAAAUUCUUCGACCCCCUCGGCUUGGCAACCGACCCCGAGAAGAAGGCCACCCUUCAACUUGCUGAGAUCAAGCACGCCCGCCUCGCCAUGGUUGCCUUCCUUGGCUUUGCUGUCCAAGCCGCGGUCACUGGGAAAGGCCCUCUCAACAACUGGGCUACACAUUUGAGUGAUCCACUUCACACAACCAUUGUUGACAAUGUCUUCUUCUCUUGAGCUCCUCCUUGUCCAUUCUCUGUCCUCUGCUGAUUGAGGACAUUUUUCCUAAUAUGUAAGAACCAUAAUCCAUCCUUCUUGUUCCCAUCUUGUAAAAAUUGUAACAUUCAACUGUUUAAGCAGAAUGCUAUAUUGCCUUUUAUUGUCAGUUAAUUCUGCUAUAAUGAAGCCAGUAUGAAUUAUUUAAUUUGCGUUUUUCAGAAGAUGUAUCAGAAAAACCCAUACAUCAACUCUCCCAAAGAAUUU